AAGAGCGUCAUCCUGGAGCGGCCGACUCUGCUGAUCCUCUCUGGUCCAGUGGUUCUAGACAGUUCAACAGUAGUAAUUCCACAUUUGUGAAAUGUUUAGGACCACUUGAUCCGGGUGAAGGAACGCUCACCGGGACACGGACGGUUUCACCGGGACAGAGGUGUGGACCUGAGCUAAUUCCUGCAGGUGAGUGGAGAAGGAGGCUUCUGAACAGAUGUCAAUGUUAAAAUCAUGUGAAAUUAGAACAAACGGAAGCUGUACAGACUCAUGCAGAUAAGUGGAUUGUGGUGUUUAUAGGUCUGAUUAUUCUAAAAACUGUUGCCCAUGAUUGUGUCUUCUUUCAUCUUCAAUUAAUCAUAUAAACCCAGACACGGAGUAAUAGAACUACAUUAGGCCUAAAUGUAACUGCAAAACAUGGUGACGUCGUGGUCGUCACUUAAUCCGUGUGAUGUUUAGUGUCUGUGGAAACGUGAACAUGAACAUAUGUAAAUGUCUGUAAUGAAUUUCUGGUAAAUAAACAGUUUAAAUAAAAGAUAAAUCAAGUGUCUGACUGUCUCUGUUUCAUUGGAUCAUUCCUUUGAACCUAAUGUAAAGUACAGGCUCCAUGAUCUGUUGACUGAAUACUUAAUGACAGAACAACUGAACCCAUCACGACUCGGCUCCUCCUCUGAUCAGAGGGAACGACGUUUGAACCCGGGACACAAAAAUCUCGAGAUAAAUGUUUUAACAGCAGAGCUUGAAAGUGCACAUACUGUAAAGAUACGAGCAGAAGGAAACCAGCAAUGGUUGAGCAAUGUGAGUGUUGGUGCUCAGUGUUAAGAUGUUUGAUUUGAGAAACAAACAAACACACACUCACACUCACGAGUGUUCACAGCUAAAAGCAUCAGCCUGAGAUGAAGACAUUGAAGCAAUUCUUAUGUAAGUCAGUGUCACAGCAGCGAAUCAUCUCAGUCCUGCAGGAAGUUCACACUUCACUGCCCCAGUCCUGACACACACACACACACACACACACACACACACACACACACACACACACACACACACACACACACACACACACACACUCAGAGCAUCACAGUGCAGCACAGAAGCUCCUCUGAAAGUGCUGCUGAACCAGCGUGAGUCGGACAGUUCAGCAGCUCAUCAUGUAUUCUCAGUACUGGAGCUCGGUUCAUAGGCGCCGUCCGGACCACAGGAGGUUUACGGUGAGUAGCAAUUCAUUAUCAGGUCACUGUGGUCAGACCCCCGUGGAGCCUGGAGCUGCUAAACGAGGAAGAACCUGCUACCUCCCAGCACAAAGCAGCUCAUGAGCUUCAGACUCUGCGCGGUGACGGCUCGUCUCUAACCAGCAGACUCUUUGUCCUGUGUCUGACUGCAGCUGGUGGAGGGGGACCCUCCUCUUCCUCCUGACUCAACGUGUCGGAGGAAGUGGCUCCAUUCGGCUGAAGAGGAGGUGAGGAAGAGCUGCGCGUCGCGCCCGAACCCUGAAGGCGAGCCGGGCCAGUCCAGCGGAUCGGAGGACGAGCUGCAGAGCCUGUGCCAGCGCUGCCACAUCAUGGCAUCACAGCUGAACAGACAAGCUGCUGCUCUGGCCGACACCGCGGCGCUGAAGCUGCUCCACAGUUAGUUUAAACCGGCUGGAGAUGAGGCUGAAGCCAUUGGUGACGCCCUGCUGUCGGCACUUUGAAUGCAAAGAUUUACAGGCCUGAUGUCCACAUAGAGCAGCAGGCUGUCCACAUAGAGCAGCAGGCUGCAGGUCUGGACUUCAGUUCAGUGCUGAAGUAACUUCAGGACGGAACAGGAGGAGAAACUGAUCCUGACUCUCCAGCCGUCUACUCAGCUUCUCUGUGAAGACAUCCCACGCUGACACUUGUGGGUCAGGUCCUGGCAGAGCGACAGUCAAUCUCCUCUCGCUGGCAGGUUUUAUGUGCUGCUGCUGCUGCUGCCUGAAUGAAGGGAGGGUUUUACAAGCUGAGCAGCUGCUUGAUGGACAGACGGGACGUCUGUAGCCCUCAAGCUGCUGCUGUUCAGUGAAGCGCGACAGCUGCUAUUGGUCCGUCUACACUGCCUGAAGGCUAAACAGGACUUGAUCAGCUGAUCCAGGAUCCGGCCUAUGCCUCCUUCCUCUUUGAUAAGCUGCAGCGCCUCCAGUUCCCUCGCCGCGGGGCCCACGCUUCUGUUGAUGCCCACUGUAAUGUCUGCGGUGCCUCCUACCAGCAGCUGAGACGCCUCGCUCUGCGCCGGGCUCUGGGCUUCAGCAGAGACAUGACGCCCCGUCCCGCCACCCCAGGUAUUCCCACCAUCACCCCAACACCUUCGGCCUCAAAGAGCUGCUGGGUGAGCGAGGAGCUGCUGGUGAAGCGGCAACAGGGAGCUGAGGCCCCCUGGGGAUGGGGUGGAGUCCAGAGCGCCUACCUGGGAGGGGGAGGAGUCAAAGCGUUGGCCACAGUCACACCUCUACUUACAAACAACCUGGAAGGAGUGUGGAGGGUCUCUGUCUGCAGACCCGGGGAACAGCAUGCCAUGGGUUUGACUUCAAAUAAAGACAACAUGACCAUGAAGCGUUCGCCUCCGACCAACGUCCUCCAGCAUGCAGUUCAUAGCGUCUCCACUCAGACCAGCCAGCCACCGUCGGCUGCUGUCGCCUUUUUCAUCAGGGCGGCUCAGAAGCUCAGUCUGUCCCACAGGAAGAAGUCCCAGCCUGGGCCCCGCCCCUCACCCGGUGAGGCCCCCAGGGCUCUGCUGUACACAGGGGGCUUCAGUGGGGCCCUGCAGCUCUCCCCACCUGCCGUGCCACCAUGUCUGCUCAGAGGGGGGGCAAAGGUCAAGGAUACGCCAGGGAUGGGCAAGGUCAGAGUGAUGGUUCGGAUCUGUUCGGUCCACAGCAGCGAAUCCUCGGAGUCCAUGUCCUUCCUCAAGGUCGAGGUCCGAAAGAAGCAGCUGACCCUGUGUGAGACAGCGGCUGGUGGGCGGUCCUCAGCACCAAAAACCUUCACAUUCGAUGCCGUCUUCUCCCAGGAUGCGUCACAGGCCGAGGUAUGUUCAGGGACGGUGGCGGGCAUCAUCCAGUCGGUGGUUAAUGGAGCCGACGGCUGCAUCUUCUGUUACGGACACGCUAACCUUGGUAAAACCUACACCAUGAUUGGUCGAGACUGCUCCACACAGAGUCUGGGCGUGGCUCCGACCGCCAUCUCCUGGCUCUUUAAGGUGAUCGAGGAGUGGAAGGAGAAGGCUGGCACUCGUUUCUCUGUCAGAGUGUCUGCUGUGGAGAUCUCCGGUAGCGAGGAGACGCUCACCGACCUGCUGGCAGACCUGUCCUGCUCUUCUGGGGGUUCCCAGGAGGCUCCCGGCCCAGCAGUGUCGCUGAGACAAGACCCGCUAUGUGGAUCACAGCUGCAGAACCAGACAGAGCUUCUGGUGACCAGUGCAGAGCAAGCUGCGUUCUAUCUGGACGCUGCCCUGGCAGCUCGGAGGAGCAGUCAGACUCCAAAUGACCAGAAGGCUCGGAGGAACUCUCACUUCCUGUUCACCCUGCACCUCUACCAGGAGAGAGCGGACAAGAGUAAAAAGGCCGCAGUGUCGGGUCGGAGCCGUCUUCACCUCCUGGACUUGGGGAGCUGUGAUGCAGGUGCAGGCCAGUGUCUGUCCCUAUCUGCCCUGGGAAAUGUCAUCCUCGCCCUGGCCAAUGGGGCCAAGCACAUUCCAUACAGGGACAGUAAGCUCACCAUGCUGCUCAGUGAAUCCCUGGGCAACAUCAACUGUCGAACCACCAUGAUCGCUCACAUCUCUGACUCCCCGGCAAACUACAUGGAGACACUGACUACGGUGCAGCUGGCGUCUCGCAUUCAUCGCAUGAAGAAGAAGAAGUCAAAGUACUCCUCCAGCUCCUCCGGAGGGGACAGUUCCUGUGAGGAGGGGCCAUCCCGUCGACCUCCUCAUCUUCGACCCCUCCACCCUCGCACUGUGACCUUAGACCCAGACACACCCCUGCUGCUCGAUCCUGACUAUUCAUCCAGCAGCGAGCACUCCUGCGACACAGUCAUCUACAUUGGGCCGGGAGGUACAACCAUUUCGGAUCGAGAAGUAAGCGAUAAUGAGGGGCCACCUUCCUUCGUCCCCAUCAUCCCCUCCUUGAACAAAAAGCAAGUCAAGGAUGCACCCAAGUCUGAUGGGGAUCAUCUUAAGUGUAACACAUUUGCAGAGCUGCAAGAGAGGCUUGACUGUAUUGAUGGCAGCGAAGGCCCAGCUGCUUUCAGUACAGAGGCGAAGGUAGCAGGAAGAACAUCAAUUAGGACUCAAACCAGAGCCAUGAAACCUGAUAGGAACCCCCUCCAAGCGUUUUCAGAACACACAUCGAUCACAUGCAGCAAUAAAUCUGAUGAUGUUCAGCACACGAGUGCAGAUGCAGACAAAGUUCCAGCCAGCCCUCUUCAGCCACAUAUGGUCCAGCUCAGUGAGAACUCAGACCCUGUGGUUCAAGAGAAGGUCUACCUCAGGGCAGGUAUAGCCAACACCCCCAGUAAUGCAACUGUUAGGACUCUCCCACUGGGCAUAAAUCUACAAGCACUGAAGCACAGUGUGGAAAGGGUCCCUUGUACUGUCAGGUGUCCUGUUGAGCUCAACAUUGUCCGGGCAUCUCUGCUGGGCCAAUGCCUUGACACAGAUUUGCUGAGAACAACAGUGACUUUGCACCAGCCUGUUGAGUUGAACGGAGAAGAUGAGCUUGUGUUUACUGUUGUAGAGGACCUUCCACAUGCUGUUGUCCCAGACAACGGCCACCCCUCCAACCUCCUUAGCUUCAGUGGUUCUAGAUCUUUAGAGGCCUUCACCUCGAGCACUCUCCCUGUGAGCAUCAUCAGCAGUAUUAACGAUGAGUAUGAUGCUUACAUGUCUCAACAAGAAGCCGUGGGGGACGGGGAAGUGUUACCUCAACAAGGAAACAAGUCAUUUGUUGGCUGUUGGCCCAGUGGUGAUGCAAAUACAAGCAAAGAUAGAAACAUGGCAGCACAGGAUGUACCUACACUGACUCUGCCAUCUUUGCAGCAUGGAAUCAAGAGCUCGCUGAAUGACUGCGGUGUCUGUUUUUCAGAGCUGGACAGUGACCCUGCUACUCCAAGUAAAACUUCUUUUACCAAGUGCUCUCCCUACCCUGACUUAGCUAAAUCUUCUCAAGGCUCUGUCAAGUCAAGAGCCCAGGUCCCCCACCAGACCCCUCAUGCCAAUCUUCCUAAGAAAACAAAGCCUACCUCAACUGCAGCUGUUAACACACAGAAUGACUUGUUUCAGGGAAGCGGUACCUUUAACUCCAGAGAGAAGGUGUUUCUUUCUGUAGGUAGGCCGCCAAGAAAUGGUAUAACAAGCACUUCCUCCAGAAGCCCAGGAGGGAAUAGUAAUAGUGUACCUCGACCACCGAAGGCACAAACAUUGUCCUCAGCCCCGAGGGUUGUGGCCGGCUGUGAGAAGUCUGGUGGCAGGCGAGGAGAGACUCUUAUAAAGCUGCCACAACUCACCCGAGUUGCAACAACGCUAGGAACAGUUUCUGUCCCCCAGAGUCCAGAAUUGAAAUGCAGCCAAGAAGGACCAGGAGGUACUCUGAAAUUCUCAUCUUUAGGAAAAAAGUCAAAUGCUCAGAUGACCCAUUUGAUCUCCAAAUCUGCAUGUGGAAGUAUCUCUCCUCCUACUUCUGUUGCACAGUCAAGCCAAGAACAAAGUGCCUUAAAAGCAAGCAACAAUGUUGAAAAGUCCUUGUCUUCUAAAACAUCAAUCUUCGAGGAAGAAUUUAACAUCAGGCAUCGAGCAGAUUCAAUCAGGCACAGAACUUCUAGUUUAAGGAAUGAACAGGUCUCUGCCAGGACAUCUCCCAGCCUCGAGACACAAGGAGCAAAAGCAAAUUUCCCAAAGACCUUUGGGAGUCUGAUGUCUCUGGAGAGAUGUGACAGUCAAAGUGGAAACCAGUCUGAACUCUUCGGAGAGAACAGUGGUGCUGCCUCAGGAGGUAAUGGCAAAUGCUACAGAUCCGUGCCAAAACUUGGGAUUCCUACUUCCACCUCCACGUUUGCUUCUUCCUCUAUUGUUCCACAGGCAAACAAACUGGGGCAGGUUCGAGGCACCAGUGGUUCACAAGCUACUAUUUGUGGUAGAUUAAAAAGUCGGACAUUGUCUUCCAGCAACCCGAAGAGCUUCAGUUCUUCACACAAAACACUUGAUUAUGCUACUAAACACAAUACCAGCUUACCGCUAACUGGUAAGGCUCAAGCUCAAACUGGGCUCAGAGGCACCAUCAUGGGUACAAAGCAGGCCAUCAGCAGGGCAGCUAACAGCAGGGUAAGUGAACUAGUGGCUGGCAGUCCAAUAAAGCAACUGGGCAGGGGACCUGGACUGAUUGCAAGCGAUGGCACUGACAGCUGGACCAGUAACUUCAGUGGGUCACAAACAAACACGCCUCUGCCGUCACCAUACAGCAAGAUCACAGCACCUCGAAGGCCUCAGCGCUACAGCAGUGGACACGGCAGCGACAACAGCAGCGUCCUGAGUGGGGAGCUGCCUCCCGCCAUGGGCCGCACAGCCCUGUUUUACCACAGCGGUGGAAGCAGCGGCUACGAGAGCAUGAUCCGCGACAGUGAGACCACUGGCAGCACCUCAUCAGCGCACGACUCCAUGAGUGAGAGCAGAGCGUCAUCAUCCAAGAGCAGAGCUUCUAAAUCCUCCAGGAAGAGAGGAAACGGGUUCCAGCGCCGGCGACUGAUCCCAGCUCCCCUCCCUGACACCUCCUCUCUGGGCAGAAGUAAAGAGGGUCAGUGGUUGGACCUGAAGGAGCCCUUCGAGAUAAAGGUGUAUGAGAUAGAUGAUGUGGAGCGUCUGCAGCAGAGGCAGGAGGCAGCACUGGGUUCUGAGCAGCAGUUUCAUGAUGUUGAGAAGGGACUCCUCUACUUUAACACCCGGUUGCGGAUGCUGGAGAGGCGGCAGCAGCGCAUCACAGAGCUGAAGCGCAAACACGAGAGGCUGCAGGUGGAGCUGGAGGAGGCCAAGCACCAGCUGAUGCUCCACCCGAGCCAGUGGAGCAGAGAGUUCGAUGUAGACCAGGACCUGGACCGGGAGUCCCAGGAAUACCUAGAGGCUCUGGCUCAGACCACAGCAGACCUGGAGUCCUGCGUCAACCUCUGCAAGUCACGCGUCAUGAUGGAGACCUGCUUCGACAUUGUGGUAACAAGGGCCACCGUGAUGCAGGACAGGGAGGUCUGAGAGGAGAGACGGGCUCAGAAUCCUCUGUGGUUUACCAUAGACCCCGCUAGAGUCAGACCUGUGGGUCCUGUGGCUUCUCUGUAUGAAGUAGAUUCAUUAGAAACAACCUGAGCAGCAUCUCCAGGACCUCGUCCUGGUUUCCAUCAGCUGCUGAGACAAGAGGGAUAAACCUUCAGAGGCCAGAAUAGCUUUAAUGGCUGUUCCCAGAUCUGACACCCGAUGAAACACUGAUAUCAUUAGCACAGUGGACAAGGCAUCAUCAUCUGACAAAAGACAGAAACAGCUGGGUUAACCCCAAUUAACCCUGACGCCAACUGAAUCCUUCUGAUUUUGUUUUUUAUCGGUGUUGAUUAUAGAACAAGCUGAUGAGAAGAGCAAUAAAACCUGAGUCCGGAACCUCAGAUCACUGGACUGGCUCUUUACAAGGACCAGAUCAGGUUUUGUGUUUCAGAAGGUGUCAGUGUUCAACAGUUCAAGACCCUAAAUGUUGCUCAGAACCAGAACUCCCAGGCUACAGAACCACAGUCGUGGGCAAUGUGCUUUGUUUAGAUGAGACCCAAUUGAUGUAUUAGUUUUAUGUAACGUAUGAAACCAACUUUGAGCUUCAGCCGAGGUUCAAUUUCUGCAUGAACAGUUCUGUUGAUGUUUUAAGCUUGUGUUUGUUCUGUUCAUUUUUCUACUCAUUUUUCUAACAAAGAAAAAUAAAGAGAAGAGUCACAUCUUUGCUUUA